AGUCGCCGCGUGUUCUCCCUGUUGUCAACGGUCAACUCAUCAGGCGAUACCUCAGCACGGCGACUGCUUCAAGAGGGAGUCACCAUGAAAAGGACCAAUGAUCAAAUCGAAGAUGCACCCCGUACCCUUGACAUACAUACUUUGACGUCUGCCCCGUCCACAUUCGGGUCUAUGCAGAUGGGUAGUGCGGGGAAUAUCUCUCAAGUUUCGACGGUGGUGCACGAGCAGUACUGCAUGUGCCGGCCGCGCACCAAGCUGGAGCGCAGGCUGGUGUUGGUGGUGGCGGCGCUCGGGCUGCUCGUCGUGGGGCUCCUCAUCGGGCUCGUCCUCGCGCUCGCCAGGCACAGCCCCGACGUCGACUGCAAGGACGUCAUCGCAGCGGCUCACCUCAAACUAUUCCGCGUCUGAAGCUGACAACACUUUCUCUACACGCGAAACAGUAUUCAUUUCGCAAUGUACGACGUAUUUAUGGUUUAACUUUUGUAUGUACUGGAUGAAAUAUUUAUUAAUUUCCUACGACUGUUGACAUCUCGUGUUCCCAAUGAGCUGCUGCCACGCGAACGUCAUGAAAAUCCCUGUCAGUAGUGUACUGUCUAGCCGCGUUGGCGCGGUGCCAUGCGUCUUCUCUCUUAAAGUUCCCUUCUUGCAAUACCCACAUCCCAAGGUCUUACAUCGCACUUCGGCAUUGCGUAAUUACAACAAAAUAGCUUUCGCAAAAACAGACAUAAUGUCUGAUAGGAUAGCCGCAAUCAGUGAUUUUACAAUGUAAUUUUUAAUCCGCCUUGAUUGCAAAAUGUUUAUACGUAUGACAGGUUUCGGUUCCUCUAUAUCCAUCUUCAGAUCUGUAAAGAUAAUGAUUUUAUGUUAGGUUAUGUUAACGACGGAGAGGCUCCUUCCCCGCCGCAGCCGCAGUGGUCCACAACCCCACGACGACUACCGCAGUCCACUUCACCCCUCCGCCGCCCCACACCGAACCCAGGGUUAUUGUGCGGUUUGGCCCCCAGUGGAUCCCCCUCCGGGGAACGUCUCACACCAGACGAGUGUAACCUUUAUGUUUGCGUGAUAGAAUAACGGUGAUGUACGCGUUCGUGGAGACCUUGUUUAGCCGGCCGGUGUGGCCGUGCGGUUCUAGGCGCUUCAGUCUGGAACCGCGUGACCGCUACGGUCGCAGGUUCGAAUCCUGCCUCGGGCAUGGAUGUGUGUGAUUUCUCGGGUUUAAGUAGUUAUAAGUUCUAGGGGACUGAUGGCCACAGAUGUUAAGUCCCAUAGUGCUCAGAGCCAUUUGAACCACUAGAACUUGUUUUCGCAGCAAUCGGCGACAUAGUGUAGCUGAGGCAGAAUAAGGGGAACCGGCCCGCAUUCGCCGAGGCAGAUGGAAAACGGCCUAAAAACGAUUCACAGACUGGCCGGCUCACCGGACCUCGACACAAAUCCGCCGGCCGGAUUCCCGCCGGGGACCGGCGCUCCUUCGUGCCGUAAAGCAGUGCGUCAGACCGCACGGCCAAUCGGGCGAAUGAUACUAAUUUACUAUUUCACGAAUGCGUGCCAUUUUCAUCUUAUCUAAUCAGCACCAAAUGUACCAGAACGUAACUGAUAUUUCGGUUACAGGAGCAACCCGUCCAAAUACAGCAACUUUCACAUGCUGCGUCAAAUAAAAUUGCUUGUCAGAAUGCACAUCUUUUAUAACGUAACAAACGUACCAGACGCCACCUGUCGGUAAAAGUGUUAUAAUUAAUAUAAAUGACGUGCAAUCUACCAACUAAUUUUAUGUGACGCAGGAUGUGAAAGUUGCUGUAUUUGGACGGGUUGCUCCUGUAACCGAAAUAUUAGGUACGGUCUGGUGCAUUUGAUGUUGAUUAGAUAAGAUGAAAAAGGCUCGCUUUCGUGAAAUAGUUAAUUAGUAUCAUUAUCUUUACAGAUCUGAAGAUGGUUCUAGAGGAACCGAAACCGGUAAUAUGACUAAACAUUUUGCAAUCAAGACGGAUUAAAAGUUACGUUGUAAAAUAGCUUUCGUUCGAAAUUUGCAUCCUUAGUGUAUAAACAUUUCUGCAAGCAAAUUGCCUGCCUGUUUAGACACAGGCACUUGUUAUUCGUUUUAAUGUGUAAAGAAAAUAGGAUUCGUAGUGAUCAAUACCAUGGCUGUAGGAAAAGCAUUGGUCCGGUGGAGAACGAUAUUAUAACGUCGUUACAUUCUUCUGUCACCGCAUAGUGUGUUUGGAAGUAUAGCACAAGAAAUCGCGACUGAGCGUGUUAUACCAUUAAAGAUCAUGAAAGAGAAGGAGGGGUGGGAAUUUUUUUCUGGGCCAAGAUUGAUGUAUGUAUCACUCUUACUCGAUACAUUUAAUGUCUGCAAAAUCAUAUGUUAAUUUGAUAGUAAUAGUGAUAAAUACCUAUAAUAGCUCACGAAUUGUGUACUAAAUCUACCCACUGACAAGUAAACGCUGCUGAGAUUUGUGAAUUCUGACUCUUCAAUAUUGCAGAGACGCUUACAAACUAUAUUUCAAGUUAGUCUAUGAGAUACAUGUGGAAUUUCAAGACUUCUUGUGUUAUUUAGGAAUGUCUGAUCAAGUAACAAGUUAAAUCUGACCAACAGUACGGACACAAAAAAGGAACUUCCUUACAUGGUAAUUUAUAACACAAGCUAUUUAUAGCAAUGAAAUACUUGUAACGAAAUUUAAUGUAGCAAUAAAAUCAGCUGUUUGCUGUAAACAUUA